CUUCCUGAUUCAGAGCUGAAAGUAAGAAGCUGAUUCUUUUCUACAAGUCCUUUUUGCUUAACCUUGUCCUGUUAUUCUGGUUCUUAGUUGAAACCUGCAGCCAUGAGGAUCCUGACUCUGCCUCUGCUUCUCUGUGGUUUGAUGCUUCUGAGCAGCAUUAACAAGAUCAAUGGAUUGAAAACUAAAUGCCGUAACGGCUGGAAUCUAAUCCAUGGACGCUGUUUCAAAUAUGUUCCACGCCGUUUGACUUGGGCGGAAGCUGAGAAAAAUUGCAUUUCCAUGGGAGGAAACCUUGCAUCUGUGCACAGUUCUGAAGAAUACCAUGGAAUUCAGUGGCUCAUUAGGUGUGCCACACAUGAGUUGAGGGAAACAUGGAUCGGCGGCUCUGAUGCAGCUGAGGAAGGUAGUUGGACUUGGAGCGAUGGGACGCUGAUGACAUUUACAAACUGGUGUCCUGGAGAACCCAACAAUCUUAGAGGGUGCCAGCACUGCAUGCAAAUGAAUCACUCUGGAAAAAAGUGCUGGGACGAUAACAAUUGUCCAAGCCGCCAACCGUCUGUCUGCGUUUCUAAAAACUGAAGCUGGGCUGAGCUGAAGACAUGAAGAAGCUUCUACAUCUUUUUGUUUUCUAUCUAUGCUGCUUGAAAAACGUGGCGGCGCAGCACAUCGACAGAGGAACUCUGUCCUGCUUCUCAUUAGAUCAAACCAAAUGUGAUGUAAAGUUACAGUUUUAUCUACUUUCUUGCUGAUUAAACUUUCUUUCUUGUUCUUUGCUAAAUUAUACAGCAGGCAUUAAAAUAUGCUGGUCUGGA